CGUGAGUCCGAUUGCUCUCCUCCUCUAGAGACUCGAGUGCUCGACCGCCAGACCGGCGACAGCUUCGUGUUGUCGACUUCCGAAGAAAGGCCAGAAAAGUGAACCGAUCAUCUGGAGCCUGGAAGCAAGAAAAGAAAAAAACGGCGGUGGCCUUCGUCCGCCCAAUUCACAACAAUUCGUCGACAUAUUCAGAUUUCCGAUUUGGCAGGAAGCUGCGGGGGAAGACCGAAAUCCGGAAGGAGAGCAUGGUGAUGACGCACCUAGAUUGAAGUCUUAUCUCGAGCCUGACUCAGCAGAGUGGGCCUGUACGUUCUUGCGCGGGUGAGCAGAGCGAGCAAGAAGGGAGGGAAAUAGGGGCCGAAAAGAAAACAGCAGCGGAUUGCGAUUGGAGGCGCUCGACGAUCGGUGAUCGGAGCUGCCCUGGUGACACUUGGACGCUUGGUGCGCAAGGCAUGAGUCAGCAGCUCUGGGAGGGAGCAUCAUGAGGGCUCGUUGCGAGCGGUGUGAGAUCCGGUUCUGGUAAUCGAGCCUCGGUGGCGGGCACCUGGACGAGGCGCAUUGAUUAUAGGUUGCGGUUGCAGGGAGCGUAUAAAGUUCUAGCGAGCCGGCACGAUGAUUUCAGUAUCAGUUUGCUUGCAGUUCGCCUCAGAGUACAUUUUGACGCUUAGACAUUUCGCUGAUUUCGCAGUAGCAUUUUGGCUCCUUCUCAUUCCCAGAUCGCCAGGCAUCCCUCUACCCGUGCGGACUAGGUACUACAUCGUCUACUAGUAUCAGCUCUUGACAUUCGCCGACAUGUCGGAAUUAUAUGGAGAUGGAAGCGGCGACUGGAACACUUCCCAACCACAGAUGAAAGCGCCCGCUGUCAACACUCGAUCGUCCAAGCAGGAGGAGAGUGCGUCUGGACAGAAAGCCGGGGUGCCAAAGCAAGGAGCAGGUCAUGUCGAUGAAGAUCAUCAUGAUUUACAGUCUCCGAAUAGUGCACAGGAAAAAGUUCCCAGCAGUCCGCCCAAGAAGCAGAAUCCUUUCGUGUAGGCUGCCUAUUCCAUUUCUGCCGCUGUAAUUUCCGUGUACAAAAGGUAUAUAGAGUCACAUCCGACGUGCAAUAAACCUGUUUCUGUCGAAGGAUGUUACAUUCUGAAGUCUGUCAAGACAUCGAGAAGAAGGAUAGCAAUUAUCAAUCAGUCUUCACUGUCGCUUGGACAAAAAUGUGCACAUGUAUUGUCUGUCGAGUAUGAUGAACAUCACAGAGAAGGCAAAUUUGCGACCUCCUGUUUUCCGCUUGUAAGGGAGAAGAGCUUCUACAUUGUAUAAAGAUUGUACUUUCAG